CUUUCGGUUUGGGAGACAUUUUUGGGGCAUCCUGUAUUUCGACGGGCGUCGGAAGGUGCAUCAUUAUUACCAGGGUCAGGUAAAUUUGGCAGAGUUUGAAACUGGAAGAAAAGACUAUGGACCCCCUUUAUCUAUCGUUCUCGUUCGAACGGUGAACUCGAGGUUGACUCGAGGGUUGAUUUUGAACGAGGUUCGAUCAAGUCGUUGGCCCGUAGUAAGUAAAAAUAUUCUCGUUUCAGAGGUAGCCCGCUGGAAAAUGGCGUCGAGUGAGGACGGAGAUUUGAUCGAUCUCGGCAACGAGGACCUGUGCGUGCCGCGGGUACCGUUUACAGAGACGUUGCCCGAGCAGGAGCAUCUUCUGGACGUGUGUCCGCCGAAGCUGGAGGAGACCCUCUCGCUGACCAGAAAGCAGGAGCAAAUGCAGAACGUGAAUGACAGCAGCGACGUGCUGGUCACCUUGGGCCACGACCAGGUGAUGCCAAUCCGCAAGAGGAUCGACGUGGUCUCGUCCGACACGAUUAAGAGGGUCCGCGACAUCACCAGAAAUUUGGAGCCGGUGAUAAGAAAGACUCGGCCGGAGACAAACAAGGAACCCCACGACACUGUGGACCAUGGAAACGCAACCACGAGAAAUCUGAAAAACGACGAUUGUCCGAGCUCUGACAGGGCCACCGGCAGGACCACCGACAACGCCUCGGACAAGGCCUCCAGGGGUCAUCAGGAGGACGAAACCUUCGAGGCGCAAGAAAUUAGCAAUGCUUUCGAUUUCCUCGCGGAACACGAGGACGUCGAGCUCGACCAACUGGACGAGCUCGACCCGGAAUACGAUCGCUGCGACACGCUCGAAGAUCCUCCGCUGUUGACGGGACUCUCCGCGCGAAGCGGCCCCGAAAACGAGGACCUGUUGAGUUGCCAUCGCGCUUCUUCUUCGACGACGUUCAACCGGAAACCACCGGACAAGUACUUUCUCCGCGACAAUUUCCACGUUGCCGAGAAAAGCAAGCCGACGUUCGAGUUGUCCUCGGGCGACGCCGCUUUGAAAAGCGCAAGCUGCGCCGACUCCGUUGAUCGGGAGUUCGAGCUCAAGCUCGAGCUUGAGCUUGGUCUCGAAACCGGCGGCGGUGUCGCUAUCGUUAAGAAACGCUACCAGAACGGCUCGUUCGGUCGAACGGUCGGGAGAUCGUGUUUCCAGCGUGCGCAUCGCAAAUCGUGGACGGAAAGCGGUAGUCCCAAAAAUGAUUCCAAGGAUGCCUUCUUGCGGUUCGAAAGAUCCAGCAGUUUGAGGGACUGCAGCAGCGAGCCGUCGUCUUCUAAAGCUGCUCGUAGGCAGUCCAGCUUUGUUUCAAGAUUUUCCGUGAACGACGAGCUGGACGAAGAGGACACGAACCCCCAGGACGGUUGCUCGGAGUGCUCGGAAGUGGACUGGUCUUGGCUGGAGGAAGUGGAGUGUCCGCGAGCCGCGGAUCCAUCUUCGACGCUGGUCGCGGUUCAAGAAAACGCCGAACACCAUCGUGGAGGGAGCGCAUCCCCCACCAGGGAAACCGCAAGGCGCAAGCGCGGCUGUGAGCACCGUGCUACCGACGCGGGCUGCAGUGCCGCGAUGUCCGUCUCCGGGACGGCAAAGUGCCCGGUGGUGGUCGGCGAUUUAGGAUGGUCGAUCACCUCCUCCGACCAGCUGCCUACCGAUCCCGCCGUGGCGGAGAUCGAUCAUCGCGAUGAAGCGCCGCGCUGUAACGCGAGCAGCGCGACGAGCAACGCGACGAGCAACGAGACCGUCCGCGACAGCAACAACCCCGCCACGCUGGUGAACUCCUGGCUGAGAGCAUCGAUGAGACGUCUGCGACACCUGAGGCUACCGGACGGGUUCGAGCGGCAACACGGUGGCAGCGAUUCCAGUAACCGGCGAGGAUUCGGCGUAAACACGACCGCGUCCGAGAGUGCUAUCGCCUCGGUCGUUUCGACCGCGACCGCGUCCGCGCCGAACUCGUUGCCGGACAUAGCGUUGAUCGCGCCGGAGAUCUUGGCGGCGCAGACAAACGGCACGUCGGGCACCCUUCUGAGGCCGUCCAGCGCCCCUGUCAGAAACGCGAACAGCUCGAGCGCGGUGGCUCUGCGACGGGGCGGCCGACAGCUCGGUGGAAGCCGGCUCCAAGCCGGCAGGGACAGUCGGGAACCGUCCUCCAGGCAGAGUAGCGUUCUGUCGACCACGUCGGGGACGACAACGUGUUCCAGCUCUUUCGGCGAUGCUUCCACCAAUCCACCUUCCAGCACGGUGACCAGUCCGCAGCGUGUCGCUUCCAGACGGAUAUGCGAAAGGCAAAGAGACGUCGACAGGGAUGGAGAUAGAAGGGAAGACGAGGACGAGGACGCAAAUCCAUUGGGAAAGUGGCCGCAUUCUCUCAGCCCUGCAUUGGCUUGCCUCAGUUGUACCCUUGGCCUAUUCAACAUUAGUAGAUUCUCCAUUCUUAGCAUACAAUUCGGAGCGAAUUUCAUUGUACAGUUCCUGAUAUUGUCUUUUGUAUUGGGCAUUCCUCUGUUGACGUUACACGUCUGCCUUGGGCAAAGAUUAGCGGCUGGUUCCGUGGACAUGUGGAAGAUCUCUCCCCUUUUUCAGGGCGUCGGCAUAGCUCUCCUAACUGCACAAGCGUUCAUCGGCAUCUAUAGCAUUGUCGGCGUGUCCUGGAUGUUCGUUUACUUCAGGGAUUCGUUCAUCACGAAGCAGGACAAGUAUCGAUGGGCGGAACCGUUCUCCCUGUACAGAAUAGACAAGCCUGUGCAAAACGCUAGCACAUUGUACAAACUGUACGAAACGGUGCCGGAUUAUUUCAGCGGCGUCGUCCUGCAGAGACACCAUUUGAACGAGUCGAACCCCGGCGUGGUCACCUUAAAGUUCCAGGUCGCCUUCAAUUUGGCCGUCGUCUGGAUGAUCGUGUUCGUCUCUUUGAGCAAAGGUUUAAGAUCCUACGGGAAAGUGGUCUACGUGUUUACACUAAUACCCGUGUUCGGUAUUCUGGUAUUGGGCAUGAAAUUGCUCCGUUUAACGCCACCGGGUUCGAUAUACGAGAUGUUCCCUACCACUGUCGGGGCCGAGUUCUUCAUCAAUGGGAAAUCGUGGGUGGCAGCGUCCGUCGAGGUGUUCCUCACCUGGGGACUGCUCGGCGCGGCCGCUAUGCAGAUAGCAGCUCACAAUAAGCACAAACAUCUUCUGCAACGGGACACGAACCUCGUUAUAAUGUUGACGAUAAUGGUCCUUCUUCUCGCGGCUUUGGUGGCGAACACUUGCGUACAGCUUCUCAAAGAUCAUGGUUACGUCUAUAUUCCGAGCUCGUUCGAGAGAAUAUCGUCGUACGUGUUCUUGAGGCCAGCGAAUCAGCCAGCUCCGCCGGGAUAUAGCAGCACGCCGGAGAGAUUCAUGGCACAUGCGUCAUUUAUCGUCGGCGAACGCGUCACCCGUCCCGGAGCGGAUUUCAGCGAAUCUGGUUAUCAGGCUCUCAGACUCUCCACCGAGCUAGUCCCCGCGAUGUUGGCAUUGCUGGGAACCGAACAAGUUUCUCCGUUCUGGGCAGUCCUUUUUUACUUUGUGCUGAUCCUCUUCGGGAUAGCGCAACAGCUGGCGAUAUGGCACUGCGUGAUAACCGGUAUCAUGGCUAUCAACACGAAAAUGAUGAAACUUUGGGAAACCACUAUCACCUUCUUCAGCUGCGCCUGCGGUUAUAUACUAGGCUUGCCGAUGGCCACUGAGAGACAUUUAUUCGAUCACGUGAAACAUUGCGGAUCGGUGCUGGAAGAAUGUCCUUAUCGGUGCGGCGUCUACGUGCCGAGAAAAGCCAUGGAGGACCAUCGAAGAUCGUGCAACAAGAAUGCUUCGAAGCGGCUCAGCCAGAUCAAGGAUGUCCAGGACACUUUGUGGAGGAACAAGGUGUUCUCUGCGUUAACGUUGCUUCGAGCCGCGAUCCACAACGAGGAGAAGGAGCGCGACCAUCUUCAGGAGAAAUUGAAUCAAUGCGUGCAUCUGUUGCACUCUCAGCAGGGCUCCCUCGACGCGAUACGAUUGGAGAUCCACGAAACGCGACACGACGCGUCGUUGGAGGAACGCUUGAAUCAGUUGGAGAUUUGCUGCGACAACAUGGAACAGCGCAACAACCACAGCUUCCAGCAGAUCUCUCAUCAGCUGAGAUUGCUGCACGACGAUCUGGCGCGCGAGCGUGGCGAGCAAGGCGAACGCGAUCGUGUGCAGAACAACUGGAGCACAGAGUUGAACGAUUUCAAAAGGUUUCUAACCCAAGAGAAGCUGGAGGUCAGCGAAGCCUGGCAGGGACAGCGUCAGUUGAUCCACGACCUCAAGCUGGAACUGGAAAUGCGAUGUAAAAAUUCAAACGAUUUGACGGAACGACAGAAAGUCCUGACGGAGAAAAUAAACGCGCUGGAGGAAGAAUCGCGUGCGCAGAAGGCGACAACGGCGGAACAUCAAUGCGGCAUCAAAGGGCUGAAGUUUCAGGCGAAGGAGAAUCUCAAGUAUCUCGAGGAACUGAUCAAAGAGUAUCAGAGCUCCAAGAAGUCCGAGCUGACCGAUUGUCUGUGCUAUCACGAGUCUUCCAAGCGAUUUCCAACGAACGGUCGGCUAUUGUGGAGGAUCGACCGCUACAAAGAGAAGAUGUCCGAGGCGAAAGAAAGCGGGAGCAUUCUGUAUAGUCCAAGAUUUUCGAACAAAGAAUACGGCUACAAUCUGAGAAUCGAGUUAUAUUUGAACGGUCUAGGCCAAUGGAAGGACCGACACGUGAUCGGUUGCCUUCGCGUGGAAGACGGUGAGUGGGAUCCGCUCUUGGAUUGGCCCUGCAUUCUCCGAGCCGCUGUCACUUUGAGGAACCAAGAGAAUCCGGCCAAUGACGUUAAGAAGCUUGUAAAGGCCGUAGGUCGGGGUAAAACCGACCCGGAAACUGUCAAUAGAGAAUCCGGCAUUUAUAUGUUCAUUCCGCAUACCACGCUGACUCGAUACUCCGGAUACGUCAAGGAUAACGUGAUGUUUCUCGAUAUCCAAGUGACCGAUAUAAGGACCAGCAUAUCUACACAGUCACUGAUAGCAUAACUGGGCAUCCACGUAGUAUAUUAUUUGGAUUACACGAUCGGCGGUUCAUGGUGGAUAAUGAUCUUGUAUCUGGUGCAAGUUGGCGCGGUGUUUGCAGUACGAGGUCGACCACAUAGCGGUGAGGCGGUCGUUGCUGAAUUGUUUCCACCGACCAGUCGGUGUCUCAAGCACUGGGCCGGGCCCCUCUUGUCUUUUACUUGGAACGUUGUGCUGCCUGUUAUCUUUAUGGUACUUGGUAUCACGGUGUUCAAGAACGCUGGGUUUCGUGAACUGUACUCUUAUCGACGCACCACCAAAGACUAUUGGUCGGUGUGGUCGAGGCAGCUGGGAGCUGCUAUACAGCUGAUACCGAUACUAACAAUACCAGCCGUAGCUAUUAUACAGACCUGUCGGUAUUUGAACAGUGGUCCACCGGAUAUAUUUGACAGAAUUCAGCUGCUGUAUCGGCCUUCGUUGGAAACGGACGACCCUCGGGAUAGUCAAACGCACAUUGGAACGGAAACCAGUACCAGUAUCCACGGUAAUGGCAUCGUGUCCGCGACUACGGAAGUACCGUUCGAGGAUCCGCCACCAAAAUACACACCACCGCCCAGCUAUACCACCGCGACCGGGGCGAGCAUCGCGAAGAUGUUGCGGCAGAGUUUUCGAAGAAGCGUGAGACGGAUAGUGAACGUGUUAGGGGAGAGCAGUGCGCCGAGGCAGAGGCCCGCGUUGCAGCCGCCGCCCCCCGAUUAUGCAACGGUCCUCGUCGAGAUGAAUCAGGGAAGACAACGCCAGGACGUUACGAUUCACGUGACCGAUGGAAGAAUUGAGAACGGCGACGGUGAUGUAGACGGUGACGGUGAAGGUGACUGUGACGGCGACGGCGACGGCGACGGCGACGAAGGCAGUGGCGGCGGCGACGACGGUGGUUGCAACGGCAGGACUGCUUCUGUCAGAAGCAACGUCCUCGACAGAAACACCAACAGGCCCAAUACCAUAGACAGGGCGAUGAGGAUCGGCAGCCGUACCGCGUCGGCAGUCGGGUAUUCGGUCGAGCGUAUGCAUUCGACCCUCGAAAGGAAUCGAACCAGACCGUCCACCAUCGGUUCAUCGAGCAGUUCGAACUUAACCGCCGUCGACGUUGCGAACUUACUUCGAAGUAGUAUCAGGAGAGGGACUGCGCGAACACAACAAUCCCUCCGCAGAAGCUUUUGCCACGACGAUCCAACGGCGGCGGCCUCCGUCGAGAAUCUCGUCGAGGCCGCCGCGCCUAUCGGCGAAGAAUCCUUGGUUAUCCCGAAGGACAUGUCUCUAGUCUCCUCCGAUCAACAGGCUGACGUUGAUAACAACGACAAAAAGACUGCCGUGGAAACGGACAACUCCGUUUCUGUGAUAUAGGACUGUCUGUGUAGUUCAAUAAGACUAUCUAGGGCAGAUUUUUAGCUAAGAAAAGACUCCGAGGACAGCUCGCGUUGCUGCUAUCUAUCCUUGAUUUUAUCCGGUCCGUAUCUUAUCGUUUGUUCUUCUCGUUUCAAGGACGUCGUUUGUGUUCCGUUUUGGUCUGUUAAUCCGCUAAUCUACCGAUCCGAGCAGACAAUUCAGGCUGUGCUGCGAGUCGAGCCGACGGAUUGUCGUUAUGGUUUGAACGGUCGAUUCACAUUUUAUCUCGUAGACUGAAUGCAGUAUUUCUUUUUUCCUGUAAAUCUUAUCGCGCCACGUAAUCCCGUGGCUCUGUUCAUACCCUCGUAUCACACGAUGAUUUCGCUGUGCGUCAACGGGAAAUCUGAUAGCGAUAAGCGAGCUCGUGCUUAGACGUUAUAGAUUCGUGGAAUGCAAGUUCAUGGCUGUCAGUUUUAAUGUUUGCGCGUGUUCGGGGAACUUGUUAAUGUUUCAACUCGCUUCGAACCAAUGUAUUUUACAAUUAUUUUCGGCAUUUACUGCUACUGUCUUCUGCAUAAUUUUAUCGUGGCUAAGUAUAUGUAUAAAUAACAUAUCAGCGAAGUGUUAAAAAAAAAGAAAAAAAAUAUUGCACGUUCGGCGUUAAUGCUGUUCGUUAGCGGCAGUAACGGUUGAUACGUGCUUGUGACUGCAUAGUCCGUCCAGCGUUUGUCGAGUACCAUCAUAUUUUCAGUCGACAUGCGUGCAAAUAUUGCGACGCCCAUUUGCCCGGGUACCAACGAAUCAAAUAUACAAGGUUAUGUCAAGGUCGGCUUGUUAAAUAUUUUAAGGGAUCAUUCUACAAACCAAUCGAAAACUAGAAUGAAGAAUAACAAUUUUAUUGUAACGGCUUUGUUUUUCAGUUAUUAACGAUUAAACAUGACCGUUUAUUAGUCGCGCACAAUUCAGCUCUCUGCCUCCAUUGUAGAAUCACCUCUUACAAUAUUUGACACACGUAAUCGAAUAUCCUGUAUAUACAUAUACAUAUGUAUUUUACAACAGAAUUCGGAUUAUCCCAGCAUCCUCGGAAUUGAGAUAGUGUCUGAUAAUUAAUUGCCAGAUAAUUAGUCUACACCUAUAUUUUCUCCUUUAUUAUCACUUCAACUAAAAUAUGGUAAUCGUAGGGUUGUUAAGUCUCAAACUGUUCGUGAUAAUGUUGCGCAUCGAUCUUAUACCAUAGAUUACCAUAAUUAUGUUUAUUUAUGGAUUUUUCAAAAAUAGCCUAUUUGUGGAUCAGGAAACAGUAUCUCACCACAUAGCAGGGAAACGUUAAAUUAAUUCUCUCCUGUAUGCACGAUGCAACGUUUCCGAGAAACGUUAAUUACAGUAAAAUUAGAACAUUGAAAGAUAAAUCAAGGAAACUGGACAGUUCAGGAGAAUCUAUUGCAUCCAUAUUAUACGAAUAUUGCAUCCAUAUAUAAACGAAAAGGAAGAUGAUAACACCGCAAAACAUAAUUAAUUGCUAUCUGAAGUUUGAUUAAUUAUUGUGUUAAUUAAUUCUAUUUCUGCCACUUUAUACAUAUAAUAUGAAUCCAGUAGAUUCUUCAGAACUCUCCACUAGCCCUUGGUUUAGCUUUUAAUACCUUAAUCUUGCUAUAUAAUUAAUGUUUUCCGGCUAUGCGUUUUAGCACUAUUUGGUAAUAGUGUUUCUGGACUACAAACGGGCUAUUCUUUUAAAUAAUCGGAGCUUCCCUUGAUUAUGGCAAUUUGUUUGGUUCGUAUAUAAAUGUUGGAAAGUGUCCCAGAACAUUUCUGUACCCUCAAAAGGAAUUCCUUCCCCGUUAGAUUUCUCUUGUACAAGAGAUUCAAAUAUACAUUGCAGCAGUACACAGUAAUACCAUUAGAAUAACUAGAAGCAAAGCCCGGUCAGAAAAAGAACAAUGUAAAAAAUGUAUUAUUACUAUUAUUAUUACAUAGAUAGAUCAAGAAUGGAAGAGGAACGAAUGAGAGAGAGAGAGAGAGAGAGAGAGAAUUUAGUAGUUGUACAGAGCGCCGCAAAUAUUUUAACUAAAUCUCAUACGUGUAACUGCUAUACCUGAUAUUAUGGACCAUAAUAAAGUUUUUAUGUUCUUUUAUAAUUCUCGACUAUUUCCGUAAUAUCCAAUAUGAAACAGAACUACAAAUGUCAUUGUUUUCUGUUUUAGUAUUUAGUAUCUUGUGUGUAAUUAUAAAAUAAACAAUAAGAAAAGA